CAGCUCCCGUAGUGCCGCGCAGCAACACAUGAAACUACAUUUCCCAGAAGGCAUUGUCGCAUAACCCACGGUCUAGGAACUGAUGGCGGCCAGGACAGACUGACUGCAGACAUGGCUUUCGUAACCCGAAGUUUUGGGUUCCUCGCCUGCAGAUCAGUGGCCCAGCUGGGUGGCAGGUGGCUCCAACCCAGGAUCUGGAUGGGACUCCAGGAUGCCUGGGGCCUCCCCUCCCUUCAGCAAGCCCGUGGCCGCACGCGCGGGAACGAGUACCAGCCUAGCAAUAUCAAGCGCAAGCACAAGCAUGGCUGGAUCCGUCGGCUGAGCACCCCGACAGGCGUGCAGGUCAUCCUCCGCCGCAUGCUGAAGGGCCGCAAGUCCCUGAGUCACUGAGGAGCCUUGUCGCGCACCCGAGUUGGGGCCUCCUUAGCUUUGGAGUAUGAAGAAUUCAGAACUUGCAAAACCCCGAGGUCCCUGCAUCUCCCAAUCCGUUGCUCCCCCUCCUACGGUAACUCAGCAGUUUCUGUGCAUGUUUUUGAAAGCAUCUUUGCAAGCCAGGCUCCUUAAAACACCGCAGCACUCACGGUUCAGCCAUUCCGAAGUUUUACCGGUUCCUUAAUAAACAUUCACGUUUCUAGGC